AUGGUCGUGCCUGCACAAAUACAUUCUAAUAUAUCCUUAGACAAACUUGAAGUAUCAUUAAUAGCACAUGUAUACGAUAAUCGAAUAGAGAUCCGUAACUUGGAUGGUACGGACGAUCUUACUUUAGAAAACUACCGAUGGUAUGAAGGCUGUGCGGUGGUUAGUUACGAGGACCAUCGAGUUUCUCCGACUUGCACGGGUAGACGGACUUUGUUAAGACCGUCGUCUGCCUCGAUUUGGGAGGACAUAUUACGGCUAAACCUUGAAUAUGGCGGUACAUGGACUGUAGAAGAUGCUAUUCAACUCGAAUCCAAAUUACUUUUGGCGUUAUAUCCAAAUCUCGAUUUGGAGGUCAUGAAGCCUCCGUUGCCUCCAUUAGAUUCUGAAGAAAUAAAAAGGCAUAAUGUUAAUAGCAUGAAAACGCCAAUGACAAAUGGUAUAAUCAGAGAACCUUAUCGUCGUAUAAGGAUGCGGAGGGGCGCAAAGAGAAAGCUGAACUCGUACGAGAUGGAACAAGAAGCCGCCAAGCAGGCAGAAUACGAGAACUUGAUGUAUACAAUGGAUCCCAGAUACGGACGUGAGUUCAUACCAACCUUCCGUCAAAUUAAAUAUUUUAAUACGGAUCCUACGGACCCGUAUACAAUAAGAAAAAAGCGACGAUUGACAGAAUUUAUUGUGGAAGAAGGGCGAAAUAUUAAUAAGAAGAAAGCAGAAACCACCACGCUCAUUAGAUGGAUGAGAUACGAGCGGGGAGUUCAUGAUAUGCCUGAGACAACGAGAACAACACGAGAGGUGACGGUGCACUCGCUCAUAAACGUCUUACGGGAUACAAAUAGCAAAUUCGAAAUCCAUGUAUACAUAGUGUCACAAACGGACUUUCCAGAGGAUACAAACGACUAUGAUGAAUUCUGCGGGAAAGUCGACCAGAAAGAGUUCAGAGAAAUACUAGACGAACGACGGGUAAACGCGAGAAAUAAAUACGACGACGAGAGUACUUAUAGAGCUGGUCUUAAAUCAUUUAUGACGCUUUAUGCUCUAGAAGGUAAUGUGCUGGUCGCAGACUCGCAAGGACGAACAGAUCCUGAUCACGACAUUGUAGGCGCCAUGCAAACAUUAGUGCCAAGAGGACUAUCAUAUAUUCAAAAGACUGUGGUAUCACCAGAACUUACUAAUCCAGUGAAACUUCUUGAAAAUCACUGGAUAAAUCAGGCAGCUUUGGAUCAAACAGCAAAUGAGAAACAAGAGCUUGUUUACAAAUACGACGAAGACGGGACCACCAAAGAGAUUGGCAUAUCAUCUAUCCAAAAUGUUUAUAGUGCCGCGAGUAUAGCAUACCAAAACUUUGUGAAACAACAUCCAAAUGGUCGUGUUGGCAAUCAGCAGCCUAACCAUAUUCAUCCAGUGCCGCCUGGACAAACACCACGAGCUAUUCAGAGACCACCAACGUCAAUACAGCUGCCACCAAGACAGUUGCCUGCACUCACUCAACAGCCACCAAAUCACCAAGUUCCAGUACAAGCAUCUCAAAAUCCUGUGCAAGUGUCUCAGCCACAACCCUCAAAUGCUACUCGUUCUCCAAAAGGGAUUAGAGUACAACCACAGCUUAUAAGCGGGGGUGCAGUUGGUGUUGGUCGUCCGCAACCGCCAUUGCUUCAACGAUCACAACAACCAAGCGGUCCUGUUGCCUCAACUAUAGGUAUACAGAGACCAAUACAGCUGCCGAAUGGUGGUCCCCCACAAUCACAGAGCCAGCAAGGUCCACAGCAAAUACAGCAGCCGAUUCAACCUCCCCAACAGCCUCUACCUCAUGAAAGAUUAAUGUUACCUGGUGGCGGUAUAAACAACAACGUUCAGCACCCUUCGCAACGUCCUAAUCCACAGCCUUCCGCACAACCACUUUCUCGGUCCAACUCACACACGCCAGUCCAGUCACCGGCAGAUGCUCCACGGCAGGUUGGAACACCUGUGCAACAACAUCAGAUUAUACCCACUACACCUCGGCGAAGGCGAUCACAAUCUCCGCAAAUACGGCCCCCUAUUGCACAAACACCACCACAAAACCAACUGGUCAAUCCAAUUGUAACUGCUCAACCAUCAAUUCAAACACCAAUGCAAGGCCAACCACCUCAAACGCCGAUACAACAACCUAUCCGUAGACCCGCACAGACUUCACAACAAUAUAUUCAUCAAAUUUUGACACAGAGAAGAGGACAAAGGCCUCCUAUGCAAAUGAGACCUCCUAUAAGACAACCGGUAAACCUGCCUGGGGGUUCCCUAAGUUAUGCAGACGUACAUUUUCGUAUUAAUCCAGCUGCUCAACAAGGAAAAGUGCAUCCUAUUCAACAACUACCAAACCAAUCGAACAUUUCCAUCAAUCAGGCUGCUGCUUUUGCAAAUGCUCAACAGAUACGAAUACCACAGCAAACGCACAACGGAGGCUUGACAGCAUCUGCUCAGACUUUUGUUAGUUCUUCACCGCGACAAGCACCAGUGGUACCACAACAACCUCGUCAGACACCACAAUCUCAUCCGCAGACGCCAGUCAUUAGUCCAGCUUCGAUCAAUUCUAGUGGAACGCCAUUUAUUUCUCCGACUCGGCAGCGACCUGUACAAAUACAGGCACCACAACCUAUGACGAGUCCCGCUACACGAGUUCAAGUCCUCCCGAACGCUAAUCCUCAGGCCACUAAUUUCCAGUUAUCUGGUAAUAUGCCAAUGGUAUCUAAUAUGAGACCACAUAAUAUCGUUUUGAUGCGUUCUGCGCCUAACGGUGCUGAUGUAGUACUUAAUCAACCAGGGUCAUCCCUUGUUUUGCCUUGGGCACAGCAACCUGGCUUAUUUGCACAGGCUCAAGCACGCUGGUAUGAGCCGCAGGGGGCAGCCAAAGAUGCCUUGACAUACAGUACCUCGAAGGCUCAGCUAAGGGGUCAGACAUCCCAGAAACAAAUGAUAUCACAUGCACCAGUCGUCGUUGUCGUUGAUGACCAGUUUAUUAAAAGUGAGAAUAUCACUUAUUGUGGAGAUAAGGUUAGAUAA